UUUCCACGGUUCAACUUUUGUCGGUGAAAGCUUUUUUCACGUACACAGCGUGCGAGGAUAUACACCCUACGCAUAUUUCAGCAUGAACCACGGUAGUUCCAAUGUCACGAGUAUGGCGAGUAGUUGUGUGAUGGAGAUGACAUGGAACUGGAGGAUAGUUGAUUCAUGCUUCCUUGCCGACUCAUGGCACAUCACCAACAAUGGCAUGUUUGCUGCCAGCUGCAUCGGCGUCGCGCUCCUGGUAGUCUGUCUGGAAUUUCUACGUCGAGUCGGCCACGAGUACGAUGCUCUUCUCACCCGCCAAUUUCAACGACGUGUUCGCGCCCAACAGGCCGCUCUUGCUGCUGCCACCUCUUCGAAUUGCUGUGAUGGCCCCGCCUCUACGCUUGGAACUCAAUUUGUAACUUUCCGUGCUACUGGAUUGCAGCAACUGGUUCGCGCCAUUCUUCACGGAGUUACGCUUGGUCUCGCCUACAUCAUCAUGCUGAUCGUCAUGUCCUUCAACGGUUACAUGUUUAUCUCGAUUGUUCUGGGUGGCAUCUUGGGCAAGUUUUUGUGCGACUGGUUGGUGGUCAGGAUAGAAACAGGAGUCAUGGAAGAGAAGGAUGAGAGACGUUUUUCGGUUGAGGCUGCAGGGCCAACAGGGUGCUGUGCAUGAGAAGGAACAAAGUGUGGAUAGAAGCUGAAGAGAUAUACCCCAAACACUGGCACCGACUGGCCAAGAAUGAAAUUAUGAUCCUGUUUAUUGCAACAAAGUGCUUGCUUUUCCGUGUCUCGAUAUGCAUCUUACGUUCGAAUGUGCCUACCAACUCAUGUAUACUUAGAAGAACGAACGGACAG